ACGCGGUUAUAUAACUCCCCUCUCGUGACUCUCUCAUACGUUUCAACUCGAAAUUCAGCAUCAUUCACCACCACCAGCACACACACAGAGAUUCGAUUCGGUUCGGUUCGGUUCAAUUCAAUUCAUUCAAUUUCAGCUAGAGUUGAAGCUUCUCGAGAAAUCAAGAACAAGAAGAAGAAGGAGGAAUAAUGCAAGGUGGAUUAGAGUUACCGCCAGGGUUCAGGUUUCACCCGAGCGACGAGGAAUUGGUGAACCACUAUCUCUGCAAGAAAUGCGCAAAGCAAUCAAUUGCUGCUCCAAUAAUUAAGGAAAUCGAUUUGUACAAGUUCGAUCCGUGGCAGCUUCCAGAGAUGGCGUUGUACGGAGAGAAGGAGUGGUACUUCUUUUCGCCGAGGGAUAGGAAAUAUCCGAACGGAUCCCGGCCGAACCGGGCGGCUGGGAGCGGGUACUGGAAGGCGACCGGGGCGGACAAGCCGAUAGGGAAGCCGAAGGCGCUAGGGAUAAAGAAAGCGCUAGUGUUCUACGCCGGAAAGGCCCCGAAAGGAGUGAAGACUAAUUGGAUUAUGCAUGAGUACCGUCUCGCCAAUGUUGACAGAUCCGCCGCCAACAAACUCAACAACAACAACUUGAGGCUUGAUGAUUGGGUGUUGUGUCGAAUCUACAACAAGAAAGGGAAGAUUGAGAAAUUCAACUCUGCCACAACAGGGUUGGAACAGAAACUACCAAAGUUUUCACCAGGGGAGAUACUUCACUAUGAUCAUGAUCAUGAGCAUGAGACAAAGCCAAAGAUUAUCCACAAUUUCUCCAACAAUGAGCACCAAUUGUACAUGGACACAUCAGAUUCCGUUCCAAGGCUGCACACGGACUCUAGCUGCUCGGAUCACGCGGUUUCGCCGGACGCCACCUGCGACAAGGAGGUGGAGAGCAACCCAAAGUGGAGCAAUGAGCUAGAUAUGCAGCUGUUUGAUACCUUUGAUUUUCAGCUCAACAACUAUGAUAAUAGCCUCCCAAUGAAUGAUGAUGACCUUUUUGGAAAUCAGUUCCAAAUGAAUCAGCUCAUGUCUUUCCAAGACACAUUCUUGUUCCCACAAAAGCCAUUUUGAUUCUUUUGACCAUUAAGAAUUAUUGGGAAUUGGAAGAAGAGGGGGAGAAAAAAAGUUGAACCUUUUUUUCUGGGAAAAUGUGGUGGAGGACUAGUGCCUAAUGAGAUCAUGGGACCAAAGCAUAUGUUCAUUUUUUGUAGUGAAAACUCAGCAUUUAACACAAUUCACACCUACCUAACAAUUUCACUUUUGGACCAUUGGAUUUUGGUGGCUAUUCUUUGUUCUUCGGAGAUUAGGGAGGGAGAUGU